CCGGCCAUGUUGACGGGAUUUGGCGGUGUUGUGUUUGGAAAUUCGAAAUCAAUGUUGAUAAAUUGUCCGAUGAAGUUGUUGCGGAUUUGAUUCAAUACACCCAAAGUGUAAAAAUAUAUAGCUGCACAAUUUUAAGCUGUGCACUCAUUGGUGUAGGAAGAAUCGGACAUUUGCUGACGAAGACUUUUGUUUCAGUUUACCUUCGAAAACAUCGCACAGCUAUUGAUUUUAGAAUGAAGGGGCAAGAUGCUGAGAAGUAACGUGAGGGCAAACUGCAUUCAACAUGGACGCUGUCGAUGUCGCGGGAGUCUUGGAAUUUGACUGCAUAGUCUUAAGAGACGAGCUGUUGGAUUCCAGAGAAGCCAUUCAGCGAGUUAUAGCAGAGAAGUGGGCGUUCGCAAAAGAGGAAGUGGGGAAGUCUCGGUCUCGAUGCAGUGAGGAGGCGUCUGAUGUAGGUGUCCAAGUUGAAGGGGAAGUUGUGUAUCUCAAUGUGGAGGAAGAGGAGGAUCAAGAUGUUGAUGUGGAGGGAGAUGAAACAUCAUCAGUUACUCAACCACCUGGGAAUAUCGAAUCUCGAGGCGUCAGCAGUGCAGACCGCGACAUCACAUUGGCCGGAGCUCGAGGUGUGACAGAGUCCAAAGAGACAAAGAAGUUCUACAGUACUGUACGGUCGGAGGGAGCGGCCGAGUGCGGCAGAAGUUUGCUGCCGGCCACUUCUCCUCCUUCCACCUGCAGUUCGUGCACGCGCCAUUUCUCGUCGGAGGCAGAUUGCACGAAUCACGUCUGUGUGGUCACGAGUGAAAUGCGGAGAUCGCCCCGGAGAGGAUUUUCCGGCUCUAUGUCCACGGUCGACUCUGACGUCCGGCAGGUACCUAAGGUCGCGAAGGAGAAGCGUGCCGAGUCUCCGGAGGGUGAAAUUCUCUCCGACGAGUGUGACGGGGUGCCGUGUCCGGAGGACUCUGCAGCCACUCUCGCUACACGGGGGAGCGAAGUCAGCUCGGCACACGGAGAUUCUCGUAGCGGCCGCAUCCCGGCACCUUCCGAAACUGCGGCAUCGAUUCUCUCGGAGGCUGCUGCCGGCACUCACGCGUACUUGUGGAAAUCUGCCUUGGGCGUGUGUGGAAUCUGUGGAAAAAUUUUCAAUAACAACUCUAACCUAAAGAGACACGCUCUGGUACACGGCAGUGGGAUUUUCCUCACGUGCGACGUCUGCGGCCAGUUUUUUCCCGACCGGUGCUCUCUCUGGAGGCACAAAGAACAGCACGGUGGAAAGAGCCAGUCCAAGAUGUACAAGUGUAACGUAUGUGGUAAAUGUGUAAAUAGUAACACUUCACUGAGGAAGCACAGGUCUCAGCACGUACAGCCUUACGUGUGCGACAUAUGUGGCGAAUCGUUCCAUCGAGCCAGCGGCCUGCAGAUACACAAAUACUUGCAUGUCAGAUAGUAUCGAUUUACGUCUCUGUAAGUGUACGCCGUGCUCGAGCUCGCUUGUGGUGUUUGUUGCUCUUCUCUUAUGAGCUUACUGAGCCAUAAAUGUGGCCCAAAAUAGUGAUCCGUUUCCACAAAAUAUGUCGAAUAUAUGAACUGUCUGAGGAGGGCUCACACUGGACACUCAAUAUUGGCAAAGUUUAUUGUGUUUUCUGUGCAUUUCAGAGUGCAGUGGCUGUCAUUCCUGUAGCACACAAAGCAGUUUGCACUUGGUAAGGUGACCUUUGAAGCCCACCAACACUGAAUUUCUAUCCGUAUGUUAGGAUUGAGCUUUUAUUUUUAAAGCAAAUAAUGCACAUCCUGGUUAUGUACAGACGUUUUUGUCAUUUUUGAGUACAGUCUCCAUUGUUUGUGCAAGUUUUCACCAAUGUCUAAAUCUUCUCGUGGCAGAAGUCUGUUCUGACUGCCAGAUGAGUGUGUUCCGUUGCUUUGUGACUUCGCAUCUGUUACUCCGGACCUAAAAAGAGAGUAGACGCAGGACAGUGUCAGAAGGUGUGCACAGCAUUUGUGGUCUGUCUAUGUUUGAGAACAUUAACCGGAAUGCAACCCUCUGUGUCAUAGAAAAUGCUUCCAACAGCUUUUUCAGCAAAUUUUACUGUCCGUACUUUCUUUUCUGACAGCAAAUCCCAGUGGAGCCCUUCCGUACUCUGACAUUUAGUUCAGGCACGUAAUGACAAAACCAGCUUUCAUUUCCUGUCGUAAUACUCCUCAAAAACUGCCUCUUACAUUUUGAAAUUGUUUGAGGUUUUGGGUGGCAGUUGUUUUCUAAACUACAGUCUUUGAUCAAAUGCAGGACUCAGAGGGUACAAAUUUCUCAGUAAUUCGAGCUCUGAAUUGUAUCCUGCACUGCACUUUGUCCUAUUGUAAGAAUUGUUGCGAUCUCAUUCACAGUGACACAUCUGUCAUUCUGUAACUUUUCUUUUCGGGUACUACGGAGGGCACGUACUGUGGGCUGAUGUGGGAUGUUUGUGUUCCCACUUUUUAAUGUUUUCCUAACUCCACUGGUGCCCGUGCAUAUAUAUCCACAUGCAUGCUGAAGUCUGAGAGAAGAAUUUAGCAGCAAUUAUUUCCUUCUUAACAAGAAACUAAGUAAGAGUAAGCUGUUGAAAUGCAUCGAUACUGGACAUUUCGUAAAUAUAGCACCUGCUCACGUGGUAGAUGUUUAUUGAUCUCACAAAUAUGUAAACGUAAAGUUUGUAGUUUAGGAUGCUGCAGUUGUAAGAAAGGAUUGCUCAAAAGUUCAGUAUGGCUCCUGUUCAUUAUGAGCAUUGUUGUUGUGAUAGUAUACUAACCCGUCUGUGUGAAACGUGGCUUUGUAUGAGCAGAGCAGGUUUUCAUUAUGCAUUGUCUCUAAAACUACAUUACUUUAUAGGAUGCAAAAUCUUCCACCUGCAGACUUUACAUGGAUGGCACAUGGCUUCUUCCUCCACUUCUUCUUCUCUUUCAGCAUUAUCACAAAUGUAAUUGUGGUAGUGUAUGAUUUUAUGGGAUGAGGAAAUUUUAAGAUUCCACUUGCUUGAUGUUGCUGUUAAUACCACGCUUCACCAUUUCUUCCAAUAAUAUUUCUCUUCAUAACAGUUACAAAAAUCAUUAAUGGAAGUGGACGUUUAUUUGGAAGAAAGUGAUACAUGAGGAAAACUGACCUGUGAGGUAUUAGCACUGAAGUGUUUACUGGUAUACUUUCAGUUGCAUUAUUGUUUAAAUUAUUCUACUGUCAAUUCUGUAGCUAUGGGUGUUUUUCCUAUAGAAACAUAUAUUUUUAAAUGAUUUAUGUAGUGUAUAUUUUUAAAUGAAUUAUGUAUGUGCCUCAUCACUCUUUAAAUAAAUGCAUAAUUGGCAGUA